UCACGUGACCUCCGUGUUUCCGCCGCAGCGCCAGGUGGGGCCGCGGUUCCGCUCACAGGCCGCCUGUUGUUUUCGGCCCGGAGGCGUCGGACCGGUCCGGCAGGUUUGUGCGGGACGCAGCAGGGGGAGGGCGGCGUGAAUCAGGGCGGGGAGCCGCGGCAGAAACUCUGGAGCAGGAAGAGGAGCUGCGGCUCGGAACGAACAUGGUUCGGUGACACAGCGGUACCAAACACCGAGGAGCAGAACCGCUUUCCGAGCUUCACCAGAACUUCUACUCAUCACUGGAAACCCGCGAGGCGCCAAGAUGAGUCGGCCGCGAGCGAGCGCGGCGCCGCCGAACGACGAGGAGAUGCCGUACAGCGACGACGAGACGGACGACGAGCUGGACGACGAGCUGGACGAAGGCUCCGAGAGCGAAGCAGACGAGCCGCAGGAAGCAGAUCGACCCGCAGAGGAGGAGGCGGCGGCGGCGAGGCCCCCGGAAAUCGGCUGGAAGGUGAAAGCCAACGACAGAGAGUACCACCAGCUGCCCGAGUUCAAGAAGAAAGUUUUCCUGUGCAUCAAGAAGAGCCGAUACUCUGCUGAAACCGGAUCGUCCAGAUCAGCCGACCGUUGGACACUUUAGCCUCAGCGGGAGGCGGAGACGUUUGGGUCCCUGACUGCUGGGAACAAUUAACAUUUAUUCAUUUCCUGGUUUUUCUCUUCUCAUCUGGAACCAACUGAAAGUGACUGUUCAAACCUGCAGCAUAGAAAUAAUUUAUUUUAGACAGUUUUCCAAGUGUGAGAAAUCAGAUCUAAAGUUUAAAUUGUAUUACAAUAUUUUGUGGUAUUUUUGUCAUAAACAUAAAAAUGAUACUUAAGAGUAGCAAUAGUUUUUUAAAUAAAUGCUAUCUUAAGAUUCACAUUUGAAAUGAAUUUCUUCAGGAAAAUACUUAAAGAAGUUUGAUUUUUAUCACUAAACUUCACAGAAAAAUGUAAUUUAAUCAUAUAUUAAAAUGUUGAAAAUAAAAUAUCCAAUAAUAGUUUA